AUGUUGGCCAGCCUGUUGGGCAACGGAGCCCUCGCUCUGGGCCGCUGCGUGCCCCAGACUCGACACAUUGGCACACGGCCAAAGUUCUGUGAGGAGAGCUCCUAUAGCCUGCACCCCGAGUACCGUCGCAACACGCCCUUCAUUUACAUGAACAGGGAUCGCAGGCGAUCCGAGGCUUCGCCGAGUCGUGAUUACCGUUAUCAAGUGCACUCGGCCCAAUACCGCUGGGCGGAGUUCCGGCGCCACAUGAUCUUCGGUACCUACUAA